AUGGAUAAAUCAUGGAUGAAUGCUGAUAGAAGGUCACGCAAGUUUGAGGUAGGAGUAGGACAGUUUCUGAAAUUUGCCUCUGCUAAUGCCAACAACCAAGCAAAAAUACGUUGUCCUUGCCUAAAAUGCUGCAAUACUGAUGGAUUUUCCAUUGGAGUUGUUAAGGACCAUAUUUUUUGGAAUGGUAUUGAUAGUAGUUAUAAGCAUUGGAGGUGGCAUGGAGAACCUAAUACAGCUGCCAUUUCUGGCAAUAGAAGAGGGGAAGCUGAAACUGUAGAUUGGGAUGGGGGUAGUAGGAUGGGAGAGAAUGAUGUAGAAGGAGAGAGUGAGGAUGAGGAGAUUUCAGAAGACUCAAAUGAGUUUCUGAAGUAUGUGGAGGAUGCCGAUAAGCCUUUGUACCCUGGUUGUACCAAGACAACCAAGUUAAAUGGUCUGAUUCAGACAUUCAAUCUGAAAGCAAAGCAUGGAAUGACUGAUUCCUGCUAUUCUGACAUGCUGAUAAUGAUCGGGGGUUUGCUUCCUGAAGGAAAUGAGGUUCCUGCAUCUUUAUAUGAGGCAAAAAAAUCACUUAGUGCAUUAGGUAUGGAGUACCAUAAGAUUCAUGCUUGUCCAAAUGACUGCGUCUUGUAUAGACAGCAGCAUGCAGAUGCUAUUAUCUGCCCCACUUGUGGUGCUUCAAGGUGGAAAUUAGGCAAGGAUAAAACUGAAAAAGUAGGGAUACCUGCCAAGGUUUUAUGGUACUUUCCACCAAUCCCGAGGUUCAAACGGUUUUACCAAUCGGCCAAUACAGCUAAGAAUCUGACUUGGCAUGAUUAUGGUAGAAAGAAAGAUGGAAUGAUGCAGCAUCCAGCUGAUUCCCCGACUUGGGAUUUAGUUGACAAGAAAUGGCCGGAAUUUGGAAGUGAGCCUAGGAACCUUCGACUAGCCCUCUCAUCUGAUGGGUUUAAUCCUCAUAGUUCUCUAAGUAGCAGGUACUCUUGCUGGCCUGUUAUACUUGUGACAUAUAAUCUUCCGCCAUGGCUAUGUAUGAAGAGGAAGUAUAUGAUGUUGACGCUGCUGAUCUCCGGACCAAAACAGCCUGGUAAUGAUAUCGACGUAUAUCUGCAACCUUUAAUAGAUGAUCUAAAAGUCUUGUGGGAUGGGGUUGAGGGAGUAUAUGAUGCCUUUAGAGGGGAAUACUUUAAACUAAGAGCUAUACUCCUCUGGACCAUUAAUGACUUUCCCGCUUAUGGGAACUUGUCAGGCAGCAUUGUGAAAGGAUACAAUGCUUGUCCGAUAUGCGUUGAUAAGAGUGGACCAUAUAGGUUGAAGAAAGGUAAUAAAAUGUCAUUCAUGAGGCAUCGUCGAUACCUACCUAGACAUCAUCCCUAUCGAAAACAGCGUGCUGCUUUCGACAAUACAGUAGAGGAGGAGCUUGCUCCUGUACCAUUAACCGGAGAGGAGGUGUUUGCUAGAGUUGAGGGUAUGAACUGUGCAUUUGGCAAAAAGUGUCGUCCUGCAAAGAGUGUUGAAGACCGAAGCAGGCCUUGUUGGAAGAAGAAGUCAAUUUUCUUUGAACUAGAGUAUUGGAGAUAUAUUCCUAUACGACAUAAUCUCGAUGUAAUGCACAUUGAGAAGAACUGUUGUGAUGCUAUCAUUGGUACAUUGCUAAACAUUCCCGGGAAGACAAAGGAUGGGGUUGCUGCUCGUUUAGACAUGGUUGAAAUGGGCAUUAGGACUGGUUUGAAUCCCAAAAUUGGUGCCAAAAGAGACAAGUUACCUUUAGCUAGUUGGAAUUUGCUGCUAAAUGAAAAGAAAAUAGUUUGCAACUCUUUUUUCAAUAUGACAGUGCCUGUGCGGUUUUCAUCAAAUGUUAGGAGCCUUGUCUCUAUGGAUGAUUUAAGACUUGUUGGUCUUAAAUCGCAUGAUUGUCACACUAUCAUGCAAAUUCUGCUCCCUGUUGCUUUACGAUCUGUUCUUGAGAAGCCUGUUAGGUAUGCAAUCAUUCGCUUCUGCCUAUUCUUCAAGGCUAUAUGUGCCAAAGUGAUUGAUGUUUCCAAGCUACAAAAAAUGCAAGCUGACCUAGUUAUUACAGUUUGCUUGCUUGAGAAGUACUUCCCACCAUCCUUUUUUGACAUCAUGAUUCAUUUGACUGUGCAUCUUGUCAGAGAAGUAGAGCUUUGUGGUCCAGUAUUUUUUCGAUGGAUGUAUCCAUUUGAGAGAUACAUGAAAGUGUUCAAAGGAUGGGUGAGAUGUCGUAGGCACCCUGAAGGGUGCAUAGCAGAGUGUUAUAUUGUCGAAGAGGCUGUUGAGUUUUGUGCUGAACGUAUGCUUGAUGAUGCUGGUACUGCUGGAAUCCCAGAAAGUAGCAAAGCAGAAUUUCGGAAUGCAUCCAAACCGCUAUCAGGUGCUUCCAUGAUUUCUGUUUAUGGAAAAGAAAUGCAUCAAGCACAUCUUUGUGUAUUGCAGAAUACGGAGGAUGCGUUGCCAUAUUUCCUUGAACAUUUGGAGUUAUUAAAGUUGCUUUAUCCUAAGUUCUCAAAAAAUGAAACGUGGUUGAAGAAUAAACAGAAUCAGACCUUUUCGAACUGGUUAAAAGAGAGGGUUUCAAAUGAACUCAUGUUUGCUGACAAUAAUGUUUCACAUACAAUGAGAUGGAUGGCAGCUGGACCAAAGAAUGAAGUGCCAACAUUUAGUGGAUACCAGGUUAAUGGUGUUGAUUUCAACACCAAGGAGCGUGACAAUCUUCGAUCUGUUCAAAACAGUGGGGUAUUUUUGCUUGCUGAUGCAAUGCAGAUUUCUAAUGCAAGGGAUAAAAACCCUAGAACAGAUGAUAUGCACUUUUACGGUGUGAUUAAGCAUAUAUGGGAGUUGGACUACUACAAGUUUAGGGUACCUUUAUUCAAAUGUGAUUGGGUAGAGAAUGUUAGGGGCAUCAAAGUAGACGAACUUGGGUUUACUUUGGUGAAUUUGAAUAGGAUAGGGCACUUAAAUGAUGCUUUUGUCUUAGCUACGCAUGUUAAGCAAAUAUUUUACAUACAAGACCCCCUUGAUGUGCAAUGGUCAGUGGUAGUAAGGUGUCCAGAUAAAGACUACCAAGAGGCUAAUGAUGAUGAGGAGCUACAAGAUAUUGAAGUGGAACAGCAGCCAUAUAAUGCCACAUUGCCAUCUAUUGAGACUUUUGAUGACAUAGUUGGUGAUGAUCACAUCAAUUAUAUGCGACCUGGAGAUGAAGCCAUAUGGGUUGAGAAUGAAAAUAGUCAUCGUCGCUUAUAG